CUCAUCUGGGGGUACGAGAGUGCAGCCAUAGUGAUAUGUAUGUAGCAUAUCUGCAUGGAGCAAUGUCGGGGCUUGUGAAAAGAGAGUCUGACAUUUUCCCUUACCCUGAGUUCAAUCCAAGAACAACUCAACUUCUAAUUGAGCUUACACAACAGCACUGGGAUCAGUACAAAAUAAACAAAACUCAGUUUUAUCAAAUGCUGCACGGUGAAUUCCUUGCGCACGGAUACAAUAUUUCGGCACAAAAGAUCAGGAAAAAGUGGAAUAAUCUGCUUGUCACUUACAAGCGAACAAAAGACAGAACCAGGUUGUCAGGCGAAACGAGGAUUACUUGGGAGUACUUUGAGGCCCUCGACAGCAUUCUGUCGCAAACAGUGGGAGCGCCGGCGAUAUCGAGGGCCGCCCUCUCCACGGCGCUCUUUCCAGCAGUUUCCGAGCAGCCCCCGGCACCGGCGCUCGUCUCCCCCUCCCCGGUACCGUGUACGCCCGUUCAUUCGCUCACCCGGUACCCCGACGGACGAGGAAGCCACACAGACUCCUGUGUCACCACUGCACCGACGACGUCACGGCAGCACGGCGCAGAGAGCGGCAGGAGGAGGAGCGCGUCGCCGGAUGCCACUGACAUGUUUUUGGAGAACUACGAAGAGCACGCGCUGCGACGCACAAAAGUCCUGGAGAGCCUGGCCAACAGACACGCGCGGAGAAACCUCGUGGCGGAAAGACGGCGGGAAAGCAGGGAGAUGAGGAGGGAGAAGAGGGAGGAGGACAUGCUGGCCUGUUUGAAGGACGUGUCUUCAAGUCUCCGCCACAUUUCAGAGCAACAAGACCGCAUCAUAGCUCUGCUGGAAAAAAGACCCUAAUUUGUGCCUCUGAUUAGUUUUGCAUGUGUGCACUUGUAAAUAUUUAAUACAAAUGUAGAUUAUUUUUAAUCGGCAUAGCUCAAGUCAAAGUGUUUGGCUUGGAAGUCAGGGCUGAUCUUGUUUUUGUGGCGUCUCGGCUUGUUAACCCAACUCUUAAGUUAAAAAAGGGAAGUUGCAUAGGAAUAUGAGUGGGUUAAUGAUGAAUUGGCAUUUCUCAACAGAUUAAAUCAAUACCCACAGUGUUCUUUUAAAACCCAGAUCCUACUUCCUUGUUAUAUUUCGAGGCAAUAUAAUUAAAGUGAAGUUAAAAGAAAGUAAGAUCUGUCUCUUCGACUUACCUAUUCAAUGGCCAUGUCUGAAACAGCCUUCUAAGUACUGUGUCCUCAAAAUAUGUACUGCUACAAAAUAUCUACUAAACAUACUGGCUACUUAUUUUAGUAUGCCAUCUGCUCUCAAAUGCAGACCAGUACACUGGAUCUCUAAAUGUAGUGUACCUAAAAUCCCCAGAUCAUAUACAUUUUUGCUGAGUGUAUUCAGGAGCACACUUUCCAGUAAUCCAUACUUUUCAGGAGGUCCCACUGAGAGGAAGAGGCAGAGCCAAUAAUAUGACCAUCUGCUAAAGGAAGGUAAUGGUUAGCAAUCGUUAGCUGUGAAGUUCUUUUCGCAGUUGGAUUGUAUCUCUUUUUUAGCAAAUGGAUUGUAGCUCCUAAUGUAGCUGAAAGUUACAUUCUUCUUUUGUGUCAUUUGUUAACAGUAUUGUCUCUUUUCCACUUCUUUCGGAACAGUGUUGUGCAGUUUUGGCUAAUUACUUCUACUGCUUAUCCAUUAAAGAUUAGGUUAAUUGUAUUCAUACUA